UGUUAAUCACAUUAGUUUAAAAUUUAAAUAUUUCAUAUUUUUACUGUAAUGAAAAGAAUAAAAUCCAAAACAUUCAUAAAACAUUAAAUUUUAGUUAUUUUGUGUAAAAACUUAAAAUAUAUAGUGUUCCACAUAAACUUACCUUGAUCAUAGUAAACUUAUAUAUGGUUUAACUUGUUUCUACGAAAUACGAAAUCUACUUGUUUCCAUUCAAGUUACUGGCUAUUAAUACGUCUGCUGAUUACACUAGUUUGUUGAACGAAAGCAUUGGCAUAAUAGGUUUAAAGGAAUGGCGCUUGUAGCGUAUGAUUACGACAGUGCCAGUGAAAAUGAAGAAGAGGACUGGACGAAUUCAGCUGAUGUCAUUAAACGAAAUUCUAUAAAAAUAAAUACUUCAGAAGAUUCUAAACUAGACAAAAAUGAUAUUGAUAUUUCAGAUGAAGAAGUGGAACCAAACGUUGGGGAUUUAAAAUCCCAUUCAAAUAUUGAAAAUGAUACAAAACAGAAAAGUUUGUUCUCUAUUCUUCCCGAAACCAAAAAGAUUAUUCCAGAAGUUGUAGAGGAUAAGAUUGAAGACUUUAUUCCAAAACCUGCGCCUAUUUCUACGAAAAAGGAAAAACAAAAGGUAAAAAUUACUAUUCCAUCAUUAUCACAGUUUGAAGAUGAUACAGAAGAACCUGAAGCAAAAAAAAUCAAAUCAACUGUUAAAAGUAGUGGACUGUUAGCUUUAUUACCACCAGUCAAAGGAAGUGUUAAGACUAAUACUAGUUUUAUUCCUAAAGUAGUGGUUAAUCAAACUAAACCAAUGUCAAAUACAACCUCUAAUACAUUGGUACCUAAUGUUAUUAGAAAGCAGGUGGAAAGUAAGAGAAACAUUAAAACUAAAGUGGUUAAUGAAAAAAAUAAGGUAGUUUUGAGUGAUGCAGAGAGUGACGAUGAUUUAGAUGUACCAGAAACAUAUGAUGAUGAGAUGUGGGAAAAGAUAUGUGGAAGACCUAAAAAUAAACCAAUUAUUAAAGAAAUAGAAGAAGCACAAACACAAGAGAUAAUUGAUAUAGCUCCAGAACCUGAAAAACCAUAUGAAGGUCUUGAUAAUCAAGCAUUCAAACACUUAGUUGGAAAAUCACGAAGGCCUAUAGGUAACAUCAAAUUAAUUGAUAUAAACGAAGAAGAAAUUUUACCUGAUAAAGAUAUUUGGAUGGCAAAGAGUCUUACAGAUCCUGAAUUAGCUCCGAAACCUGUAAUAGAAAACCCGGUGGAUCCAACUAGAAGAAAGAAACACCAUAUUACAUAUUUAGCUCAACAAGCUAAAGCUAAUGAACAAGAACUGAAGAAUCAAUGGGCUAUUAGUAAAAAUAAUAAAUUUGCCAGUAGGGCUAAAUAUGGAUUUUAAAUGUGAAAAUUAAUUUGAAUUACUUAUUGUGCUAAUAAAUUUUUAUCUACAACUAUUUGUGAUAAACGUUUUUACUGUUAUCA